GCGUCUUGACCUGGCGGAAGCUGGCUCUGCUGGCAGGACAGAAACGAAGGGCGGGCUUUUAAAAGGAUCGUCACCCUGCUGGCGGGGACUGUGAAGUAUUUGGACACUUCCUUAACCUCACUGGCGUGCUCAACCAUGGCCAGACCUCCCAUGCACGGCUCCGUGAUUGUCCCAGACUGGCACGAGACGGUCGAGGGCAAGGAGUACUUAGCCUGCAUCCUGCGCAAGAAUCGCCGGCGGGAGUUUGGGCUGCUUGAGCGCCCGGUGCUGCCCCCUUCCGUGGUCAUUGAUACCGCCAGCUACAAGAUCUUUGUGUCCGGGAAGAGUGGUGUGGGCAAGACAGCGCUGGUGGCGAAGCUGGCUGGACUGGAAGUGCCUAUAGUACACCAUGAGACAACUGGACCUUUGAGGUUCCCCUGUAUAAGCAGUGAGACUACUUUCUCCUGGCGAGGGCCAACUCUGCCUGGUCUACCAAGGACUCCUGAAGAGCAAGCCUGUUAUUUCCUGAGUCUGAGGAUUCUCCCAGGGAUUCAGACGACUGUGGUGUUUUGGCCAGCCAAGCUGAAGGCCAGCGACCGUGUUGUCAUGUUCCGUUUCGAAUUCUGGGACUGUGGGGAGUCCGCGCUCAAGAAGUUUGACCACAUGCUGCCGGCGUGUAAAGAGAAUGCGGAUGCCUUCCUCUUCCUCUUUUCCUUCACGGACCGCGCCUCCUUCGAAGACCUUCCCGGACAGUUGACACGUGUAGCCGGGGAAGCUCCUGGGGUCGUCAAGAUAGUGAUUGGCUCCAAGUUCGACCAGUACAUGCACACAGACGUGCCAGAGCGAGACCUCACAGCCUUCCGGCAGGCCUGGGAACUGCCCUUGUUUCGGGUGAAGAGUGUGCCGGGGCGGCGGCUGGCAGACGGACGAACACUGGAUGGGCGCGCUGGGCUGGCUGACACAGCCCAUAUACUCAAUGGCCUUGCAGAACAGUUGUGGCACCAGGACCAGGUGGCAGCCGGCCUGCUCCCGAGCUCCCCAGAGAGUGCUCCUGGCUGAAGGAUAUUUGUUCUUAAUUUCACCCAAGAAAUUAUUAUAAAAUCUUUGCCAAUCUUCACUGAUCACCCAUAAAGACAGCAUUUGUAAGAGGUGCUACAAUUUCAGCCGGACCUGUACUUGCAACCUGACAUAGUCUGAUUCUACCUUUUUAUAAUUAAUUCAGAAAUCUUGUCUAUAUGUCUAAAAUGUUUUACUUUGUUUAUGAGCUAAUAAAAUCCAUCCUAUAAUACAAUUUCCCUUUGCAUAAUAAGCCCCGUAGGAGAGUGAGUUGAAGAUAAAAUGACCAGAAUACAGUCAAGUUUAGGAUCAAUUCUAUCCACGUUUGCCUCUUGCAGUCAUUGUUCUACAAGAGUUAACUGUUUUCUGCUUCAGAUGUUAGAAACCUUGGACUAUUUAAAUUGGAGUCCAUUCGUAAUGUUUGAGACAACCUACUUAACUCAUAUGUACUUAAUCCAGUUGUAGACCUCAGCCAGUUAAUAGCUCCCAUUAAGUUUUGAAAAUUGUUAAGAGUUUGCAAUUGGUCCCUACAGAUCUGUACCUUUUGUGGUUGAGUUGUUUGUUGACUGAUUUUAUAACCCGAGUAACUAAGGGACUCUCCUCUUUGUAUUUUUUCUGGAGCAAUCUGUAACCCCCAUCAUGGCAGAAUUCUUUGUUUUAAACAUAUUCUCUACAACAUCUUGUCAGAAUCAGCCAACAGAAUGCCAUCCAUAGAAUGAUAAAUGAUAGACUGAGGGAUUGCUUACAAAUAAUUUCUAAUAGUUGUUGCACAAAAUACUGACAUAAAGUUGGACUGUUUAACACUCCCUAGGGAAGUACUUUUCAGUGAUAUCUCUUUAGUGGAUGACUAUUAUUCAAAGUAGGUACCAAGAAAGCAAACCUUAGCUGGGCAGUGGUGACACAUGCCUUUAAUCCCAGCACUUGGGAGGCAGAGGCAGGCGGAUUUCUGAGGUCGAGGCCAGCCUGGUUUACAGAGUGAGUUCCAGGACAGCCAGGGUUACACAGAGAAACCCUGUCUCGAAAAACCAAACCCUGUCUUUCUCAUGCAAGGAUAUUGAGAAAAAGCAAUCUUUCAAGUCAAUUACUAUUAUAGGCCAUGACUUUGGGAGUAAAGAAGGUGAAGGAAGUCCAGGCUGUAAAGGAGCCAUUGGUUGGAUUACCUUAUUAAUUGUUUUUAAGUUUGUUAUCAGCCUCCACUUACCUGAUUUCUUUUUAUAACCACAAACACAGGGGCAUUCUGUGGGCUGGUGGACUCUUCCGUAUGUACCAAUGGUCAAGUGUCUGCAGUUCUUUUGCUAUGGGCCACUGCUCCUGCCAAGGAUGCUGGUUUGAUAACCAUUUUAGGGGCAAGGCUGUUGGUACGUCAGCAUCGGCCCCUUUUAUAAAUUUGGAAACUUGAUCCCAGUGAUGUCCUGCUUUUGGAUCAUGGGCACAGCUUGUGAUUCUUUACGAUCACCUGUAUCAAUACCUUCCCAUAUACCAUAUCACCCCUUAUUUCUUCAUUUUCUGUCCCUGGAAUUACAGGAAUAUGAUUUUGCUUACCCCAUUGUUGCAAAAGAUGGCUUCCCCAUAGGUUAUGGGUAUGUUAGCCACAUAAGGCCUCCCUGUUUGUCCUUCUGGCCCCAUUUGGGUAACCUGUUGGACACUUGGUCUUAUUCAUGAUAAUUUACCAAUUCCUACAAACUGUGUGUAAACCUUCUGAAGUGGCCAAUCUGGAUUCCAAGACUUUUGGGAAAGUAUACUGGCAUAAGCUCCUGUGUCUACCAAACCUUCUAUGUCAACACCAGUCGUCUGUACCAUUAAUUCUGAUCUCUGGCCGUUAACCAUUGUUUACCAGGGUAGACUUGUUGGCGUUUUGUUUUGUUUUGUUUUUUGAGACAGGGUUUCUCUGUGUAGCCCUGGCUGUCCUGGAACUCACUCUGUAGACCAGGCUGGCCUCGAACUCAGAAAUCUGCCUGCCUCUGCCUCCCAAGUGCUGGGAUUAAAGGUGUGUGCCACCACCGCCCAGCUCAGAACACAUGUUUUCCAGUACUCUCAUAAGCCCCUGUCCUUUCUACUGGAGUAGCCUUGCCCUUGAUGUAAGGAAGCAGGAACUGAGCAAUUCUAUCCCCUGCAUCAAUCUGCAUCUCCUUUUUCACAUAUGGUAUAAUUUUUAUUUCUUCCCUGAUACUCCCAUCUACUACACCUGGAUGCACAAUAAAUCCUUGAGAAGUCAAUCCACUUCUUCCCGCUGUCCCUGAAGGUAAGGGACCAUACAUGCCAGUGGUUAACUUGUAACAUUCACUUUUGGGAGAUAAUGGAAGAGGGGCACCUGUGGCCAGAUCCAAGGCUGCACUUCUUCUGUUGCAUAUGUACGAUCGAAGAAAUAGCUAACUUUGAUUUUCUUGCCUGCUUGAUACCUUCUGACUGACCAAAGGAAAGGCUCGUAUUGUUCGCUGUGGAGCCUGGAGCUGACAGGCCCCCACGACUUGUUUCUGGAUGGCAAGAGGUUACUCUCUGGGACCAGCAAUCCAUUGACCAGCAUUUGCACUGUCCAGUACUGCCAUACCCUGGAAGCCUUUCUACCUCAGAGCAAUCAGGACCUGCUUGUUCUCGCCUACAAUUACCGUAUUCUCUAGAGUCAAUGUACCUGUUAUUUUGAACUCUCAAUCUUUUAGCCUUACAAUUUCUUUGGAAAUGACCACAUUCACCACAAUUAAAACACUGAGCAUUUUGA